AUGGAUCCGGUCGAAGGAGGAGGGGAAGAAGAUUCUCUAGGGGAGAUCCUUGGAUCACUGCACUUGGGAGAUGAGAGCGAGAUCGAGGAUGCGAACGACCAUGAUCGAUCAGUGCUGGAUCAGACAACCGAUAGUCAGCCUCAAGAUGCUUCUUUCUUCCUCCACGACCUCUCGGUAGAGGAGCCAACGGCCUCGUUUCCUAUCAACUACAGCCUGUACAAAUCGACCGCCGUAGAAUGCGAGAGGAAAGGAUGGAACAUACGGCACUACGGGCUCGAAGAAUCCACAGAAGAAGAGAAGUGGAAGUAUGAACAAGAGACGAGACGGCAUGAAAUGUACAGGGAACUUCUCCACCCCAGGAGCGAGAAGCCGGAGCCAAGCAGAUCCGUUAGUCUUCUUGAUGCCACCAUGGCCACGCUCCAUAGGAUCCAGGAGGAGAACCGCGGGAGAAGUUUCCUAGACUGCGAGGAUGGUGAGCGGCCGGCAAUCUUUCAUGGUCUCUUCAUGAACGAAGAAGUCAGAGCACGAGUAGACAUGCUGGAGUACUUAGGCAAUGAGGAAUGGGGAGCAGUGAAAAUCAACACAGAAAAAUUUUCUCUCAGGGAUUCUAAGCAUUUUGCCCUUGCGUUCUCAGUGUAUGUUGUCAAGAAGUGCGGAGUUCGAGUUACCAAGGCUGCGACGGUGUACGGGAACGCGCAGUUUCGCAAAGGGAUGGAAGCAUCAAGAUUGUGCAGUUGA